GUGCCACCGAGGACCCCCCGGACGCCGCGAGGAGCAGGAUGGGCCAGUGCAACUGCCGCAAGAAGCGCAAGGACUGCCAGGAGCUCACGGACGUGGAACGGGCCAUCGAGACUGUCAUCAGCCAGUUCCACUGCUACGCAGUGAAGGGGCAGAAGGAGUACCUGACCCCCAGCGAGAUGCAGGACCUGGUGGUGCAGAAGCUGCCCCACCUGGGCAAGUGUGUGGGACCACUGGAAGAGAAGAUCGAGUGCAUGGGAGACCCCAACGAGGCCAAGCUGGAGUUUGGAGAGUACUGGGACAUGAUGGGUGAUGCAGCCAAGGGCUGCAGGAGGAAGUAGGAGCUGGUGGGGGACGGGAAGGUGCCCGAGGCCUCAGGCUCUGCACCGAGGAGCACGAGGGGCAGCGGGGCCUGGUGGGAUGAGCCUGGGAAAAAACAACGUUGCUCCUGCCAGGGCUCGUCCCCUCCCGCUGGGGUGGAGGGAUCCCCCUCCUCAGCCGCAUCCCUGCCCUCUCCUGGCUCUCCUUCCCGUCAGGAAACCCCCUUCUCAUCCCCAGCUCCGUGCCACGGUGGGAGGGAGGUGGUAAUGGGGGUUCCUGACCUGGCUCCGGAGCCUUUCUCCCUCCUUUUGCUCCAGCGCUUUCAUCCCUGGGGUUGUCCCACCUCCGCCCUGGAAACUCUCCGGUUGCAGGACCCCCAGCCCUGGAGGAGCAUCACAGAGAGAGGGACUCGGCUCCUUUCCCCCCAAAAUCCCCUUGGAAGUGUGGGCUCAUCCCCCCAGCCCUGUGCCCUGGCACCCGAGGGCACCUCCGGGGGCAUCCCGGGCUCUGCCGUGGCCGUGGGUGGGUGCACGUGGCCGGGGUGUAUUCCCUGCUGUCCCCCCGGUGCAGGGACCAGGGUUCUGGGGGCUAUCCCGGGAUGUGCUGCCCUCCUGGUGCUCCCCGUCUCCAGGGAUUGUGGCCCCCGGGCUCGGGGCGGGGGCGGGUUGGUCUCAGCUUGUGCCACUUGCAACCAUUUUUGUAUAAAUUAAUAAAGGAAAA